GCACACCUUCUGUUCUCCCUGGGCACUCGGUGUGGAGCCAGGACCCAGUCAGAUGACUCUUCGCGUGGGCUCCCCACUAACCCCAGGGAUGUGCUGAGCGCUCCAGGGUUUCUGGUCAUUCCAGCCUGGCCAGGCCCUGAAGAGACUCCGCUCCCUGCCAGGCAGAUCCCUGUCCUGCCACCUCCUUCCCUCCUUCUCUUGGACAUGGCCCUGCCCAGAGGGACGAAGGCAACCAUCUAUUUGCACUGGUGCUGGGUGGGGGCAGGCAAUCGCAGCGAACGCUGACACAGAUCAGAGUCCAGGUCCUUGAAGGCAAAGAAGCAAGGCUGAGUUUUUCAACUCGCAACCCAAAACACCUCCAGUCUCUUAUCAUUCUCCUCCAACAGAUGAGGUCUCUGGCCAGAGCCCCUAUGAUGAUGCAUCGAUGGCUUUGCAUGGUCCUCUUCUCGGCACUAUGUCCUAGCUCCGGUGGAGUCUCCCUCUCCAGUUCCCAGCAGCCAGUCAUGGGGGUGUUUGGCCAGGACAUCAUCUUGCCUUGCCAGUUCUCACCCCCUGUCCGUCUACGUGACAUGGAGCUGCUCUGGAGGAAAUAUGAAUCUGAAUAUAUAGUUAUACACAGCUACACAGACAGAGGAAACCAGGAGCUGCCAGGGAGAGGCUACAAGGGCCGAACAGAGCUGUUCCCCCAGGAGUUCAUCAAGGGAAACCUCUCUCUGAAGCUGAAGAGUCUGAGGGUGAAGGAAGCUGGAAAUUAUCAGUGCUUAGUGAAAAGUGCAGAAGGAAACCACGAGGCCCUCACCGAGCUCCGGAUAGAAGCUACUGCACCCGUGCGCAUUUCUGUGGAGGGGCCCAAGGGAUCGGGGCUGGGGCUGUCCUGCAAAUCCACCGGAUGGUUCCCCGAGCCCACGGUCCGCUGGGUCACGCAGGACGGGCAGGCCUUGGCAAUGGAGCCGGUCACCACCAUCACGCAGGACCAGCAGCAGCUCUACACCGUGGAGAGCCACAUCACUGUGCCCGGAGGAAAGGACACUCAUGAGAUAUGGUGCAUUGUGCAAAACAGCCUGACAGGCGCCAAGGAGCACUCGGCCAUUGAGCUUGCAGGAGACGUCUUCCCUCGUGCGUCUCCGUGGCUGCCCGCCUUCUGGGUGCUGCUGCUGUUGGUCCUCCUGGCCCUUGCAGCUGGUGCAUUUUUUGCCCACCGAGCCAAGGGGAAGGCAGCCACCAGGAAAGCUGAGCAGAAGGUGGCUCUCCAGGAAAAGGAACAGCUGCUGGUGACCGUGGAAGCAGAGAAUAACGAUCUCUGCAGGUGGAAAGAAAGAGCCAUGGAAGAGCUGGGUUUCCAACAGGCACGGAGCUGCCAGGUGACCGUCACCCUGGACACAAGCCACCAGCACCCAGAGCUCAUUGUCUCGGAGCACGGCCAAUGUGUCCAGUGCCGGCCGUCCUCGCUGGGGCCAGCCCCCUGCAUUGCCGUGGGGCACCCGGGCUUUGCAUCCCAGCGGGCUUACUGGGAGGUGGAGGUGGGCGAUGGGGACGACUGGGAGGUGGGGGUGCUGAACGAGAGCACCAGGGACCAGGUGAGACGAGGGGAGGUGAAGGAACGCCCCAAGGAGGGCUGCUGGGCCCUGCAGAGAGUGGGGGGCCAGUACCACCCCCCCCAGACCAACGCACUGCUCCGGACCCAGGAGAAGGCAGACAUCAUUGGGGUGUAUCUGGAUGCAGGAGCAGGGAAACUCACGUUUUAUGAUGUUGGCCAGAAGGCCCCGAUUGUGGACAUCCCUGUGCCUGACUUGGGGACGCUCUACCCCUUCCUCAGCCCCCGCCCUGCCGUGGGGGGAGCCAGCGGGGACCCCCUCCGCAUCUUCCCCAUCCCCCUGCCCCCCCUCCCCCACUGACGGGGAUUUCCCACAGCAAUUAGUGCAUGAGGGAGGAAACAAAGAUGCCCAGAGCAAGGACACUACAGAGCAUCGUGGCCGUGCCACCCAGGAAUGCUGGGAAAACUGCUUGGGAUGGUCUUCAGCAAGUCCAACCCCCGUCACCUCCUGCGCCAGCGACUGGGAGCUGCAGGAGCCCUGAGGGCCUCACCCAGGCCCAUCCCAAAGCCCGGAGGAGAUUUGGGGUCCCCCCAACGGCGACAAAGCUGGGACCGCCGCAGAAACCACCGAGGACAAAAGCUCCUUGCACCCCACCAGGUGCCCAGAGCCAGAGAGCAAAGCCCAGGCAGGGCCUCAGCAGCACUGCUCCCAGGGUCCAGCCAGGCUGGCCAUCCUGCAGGGCCAGGGGAGGCCACGAGGCUUGGGGACAACGGACAUCCCUCCUCCUAUGGGGAGAUAAAUGCCAUGAGGGGGGCAGCGGGGGGACAGGGCUGCUGGCGAGGGCGUGUGCAGUGCCCAGGGCCAAAUCUGGGGUGUCCCGCACCCAUUUGCCAGGCUUCGAGUAGGAGUGUUUGAAAGCUGCUGUCCACUUGCAAUUCUCAAAUACAGCGAUCCUUUCUGCA